AUGGCCUCCAAUGGAGCUUCUACGCAACAGCAAAGAGCUGCAGUGGCCGCAGAGAAUAGUUUGGAGAAGAUCAAGCGGCAAUUAGCGUCCGGUUCUGGUAGGAACUUAUUGCAGGGCCCACUCCUUAAGCGAUCUGAAACUCUGAGGAAAUGGAAUGAGCGAUGGGUGAUCUUAGACCCGACGACUGGUAAAAUGGAAUACAAGACGAGGAGGAAUGAGCCAGCUGUGAAAGGAUCGAUUGUGUUCGAUGCAAAUAGCACGAUCACAGUUUCUCCUGUGAACUUCAAUGGACUCCCAAAGUACGAUGGCUGCUGUAUUUAUAUUGGUACUCCACAGAAAAAAGAUUACUUCCUUUGUGCAGAGACUCCUGGUGCAGCUAGAGCUUGGGUAGCAACUUUACAUGCUACUCAGUUGGUUCUAAAGGCUCAUAAAGAGGCUGUAGAUUCCUUAAGUGGAAAUGGUUCUGCAAAAUUAGGAACAGUUGCUGCUGUAGUUGCUGCUGCCAAUUCAACAGCAUUGGAAUGCUCUAAAGAAAUUGAAGCAGCAAUGCAGAUUUCUUUGAGAAAUGCUUUAGGAAUGAUGAAUAAUAGGACAACUGAUGUUGCGAUGGAUGACCUGACAAUCAUGAAGGAGACACUGAAAGUCAAGGAUGAGGAAUUACAGAAUCUGGCUCGAGAUCUUCGUGCUCGUGAUUCAACGAUAAGAGACAUAGCUGAGAAACUAUCCGAGACAGCUGAAGCUGCUGAGGCUGCUGCAGCUGCUGCCCAUACUAUGGACGAACAAAGAAGAAUUGCUUGUGCUGAGAUUGAGCGGUUAUCAAAAGCUUCAGAAAAGCAGCUGCAGUCGUCCAUGUUGAAGUUAAAAGAGUUUGAAGAAAAGGUUGUGACUCUGAGUAAGGAAAGAGAUCAACUGAUCAAGCAGAGAGACUCUGCUAUUCAGGAGGCAAAUUUAUGGCGUUCUGAGAUUGCAAAAGCCAGAGAGCGUGCUGUGAUAUUAGAAGGAGCUGUUGUGAGAGCAGAGGAGAAGGCAAGAGUUGCAGAAGCAGAUGCUGAAGCUAGAAUCAAGGAGGCUGCACUGAAAGAGGCAGCGACUGCGAAGGAGAAGGAAGAGCUUCUAGCAUAUGCAAAUAUGUUAAAGGCACAACUUCAAAGGCAGCACAUAGAUACAAAGCAAGUUUUUGAGGAGAAAACAGAGACUCCAAAUGUUGUUGGUAGCACUCUUCCCCUUACUAAGCAUGUGGACUUGUCAGAUGAGAAUGUGGAUAAAGCUUGUCUUAGUGUUUCUAGAGCUGUCCCAGCCUCUGGGGAGAGCGCUGUGCACAUGGCAGUGGAUCAAAGCAACCCCCGGCCGGUUGAAGAUGCUGAAUGGAGUGAUAUUCAGGCAACGGAGUCAACAAUAGCUGAUGUCAGAGAAGUUGCCCCAGAGACAGAAGGAAGCAGCCUGGAUAUUCCUGUUGUUAGCUCACCUGUAAAUGAUCGUCAAGAGCAAGGUGCUAACACUUAUCAUCAGCCUUGA